AUGGCCAGUGAACGAGUGAAGGCUGCCGCUAUUGCCAAGGCAAAAGCGCUGGGCGCGACGAAGAAACGGAGAAAGGGGCAGGAUUUGCAGCCUAUUGUUACCAAUAAUGGCGGGACGACGUAUUCUACUGAUCCGUUUGGAAGCACAGAGCCAUCACCUUAUUCCGUCAUCUCACCGCUGGAUCACACCAAGGCGACAUUCUAUCAUACCCAUAGCCAUUCCAACCAGCACCACAACCGCGCGCCCGAGUACUCCUCAGAUGAAGAUGAAGGCGUCUCCGGCGACGAGGAAGAUCUCGAGGAUUACAAGAAGGGCGGAUAUCACCCGGUACAGAUUGGAGAGACAUACCGUGACGGGCGGUAUACCGUCGUUCGCAAAUUGGGAUGGGGACACUUCUCGACAGUGUGGUUGUGUCACGACAAGACGUACGAUCGACACGUCGCGCUGAAGGUCGUCAGGUCUGCGGAGCACUAUACGGAGACGGCGAUCGAUGAGAUCAAGUUGUUGAACAGGAUCGUGGAGUCGAACCCGGAUCACCCCGGACGGGCGCAUGUAGUCUCGCUAUUGGAUCAUUUCGAGCAUCGUGGACCUAACGGAACGCAUAUUUGCAUGGUUUUUGAGGUGCUAGGCGAGAACUUGCUUGGACUGAUAAAGCGUUACAACCACCGCGGUGUCCCUACUCAUCUUGUCAAGCAGAUCACGAAGCAAGUCUUACUCGGUCUCGACUACCUUCAUCGUGAAUGCGGUGUCAUUCACACCGACUUGAAGCCAGAGAACGUCUUGAUCGCCAUCGAGGACGUAGAGCGCGUCACGAGAAUGAUCAUGAGCGAGUCUGAGAAGGAAAAGGGAAGAUUAGGAAGGGGAGCGCCCCCGGGCGCGGAUGGAAGGAGACAGAGACCAAAGAGGGUGAUUACUGGAAGUCGACCGUUGCCUAGUCCGGCACUCUCUACGCCUCCAUCGGGGUUCCCAGGGAGUGGGUUUACGAGUGCAACCAGUGAUUUGGAGGAGUCGAGGUCGAAUAGCCAGAUGGUGGCGGAGAGGAAGAGGCAAGCUUCUGAUGCGGUGUCGUUGAACGUGCCGGAGCACCAUGUGCGAGAACAGACAGCGGAUGCACUCGAACGCGAAGUCUCAGAGAUAUCCCUGGAUCGCAACUCCGGCUCCAAUGACAUUGUUCGCAGCCCCACGUCAGCAUCCGCUGACCCAGAAUUCAUCACCGUCAAGAUUGCAGAUCUCGGUAAUGCAUGCUGGACGCACCAUCAUUUUACGAACGAUAUCCAAACGAGGCAGUAUAGGUCGCCCGAGGUUAUUUUGGGAUCGAAGUGGGGUGCGAGUACGGACAUGUGGAGUAUGGCGUGUAUGACGUUCGAGCUCGAGACUGGUGAUUAUUUGUUUGACCCACAGGAAGGGUCGAAGAAGUACAGGAAAGACGACGACCACGUCGCUCAAAUCAUUGAGCUUCUCGGCAGGCUGCCACGACACAUCGCACUAGCCGGCAAGUACUCAAAGGAAAUCUUCAACCAAAAAGGAGAGCUCCGCAAGAUUCACAAACUGAAACACUGGGAACUCUCCGACGUUCUCGGCGACAAAUAUCAUUUCACGAAGGAGCAGGCGGAGGAGUUUGCGAGCUUUCUGUUGCCGAUGUUGGAGAUUAAUCCGGAGCGGAGGGCUGAUGCUGGAGGAAUGAGUAAUCAUCCGUGGUUGAGGGAUGCAAAGGCUAUGGAGGGGAAGAACGUGGAUGUGCCGCUUGGGUCUUGCGGACAGAAUAUUCCGGGAUGGACGGGAGAGGUUAAAUCGAGUUCGAGGCGUUGA